ACUUUUCUUCUGUCCAAAGUCGGUUCCUUUAGGGCAUGCUUCUCAGACAUUUGAGAUCUUUCACACAUGCCUAGGGCUCCCCGCAGCACUGUCUUCUCUCUUCUCUCUUCUCUCUUCUCUCUUCUCUCUUCUCUCUUCUCUCUUCUCUCUUCUCUCUUCUCUCUUCUCUCUUCUCUCUUCUCUCUUCUCUCUUCUCUCUUCUCUCUUCUCUCUUCUCUCUUCUCUCUUCUCUCUUCUCUCUUCUCUCUCUCUCUCUCUCUGUCUCUCUCUCUCCCUUUCAAACACACGUACUGGCGCGCGCGCGCGCACACACACACGCGCACACACACACACACACACACACACACACACACGCACACGCAAAUGCACACUCACCUGUCUGGAGAGAGUGGAGGGGACCAGGAUGGCAGCAUAGGAGCCAACCAUCAAGCAGCAGUCUCUGGACUAGAAAUCCAAGAGCAUAAAACGCUCCUCCGAGCUGCCGCUUCUGCUCCUGCCUGCGCUCACCCUCUGGUGGGAGCCGAGAGCGGUGGGAGCACACGGCUUAGCUGGGCUUUCCAAUUCCUGCAGGCGACGCCCAUGGUCCUGGACGGCACCUUCAAGACAACUUAGGGAGGUCUACUCUCUCCAGUUCCAAAAGAAAGUUUGGACAAAGUGAAUUUGGGGUGCAUUUGGGAGAUGGCAGCUGCUCCCUCUGCUUCCUCUGUGUCACCUCUCAGAAGCCCCUGCCUCCAACCCACUCCAACCUUCCCACACUGACACCCAGCUCCCAGUCCCUCUUUUUCUUUCUUUGGUCCCUGAGCCUCUCUGGGGUCAGGGAUGUUGGUCCUGUUCCCUUCUCCUUUCAUUGUCCUUUCCAUCUGUCUGCUGAGCUGUCUCACCUGUUUCUACCUUCACCCCAUCGUCACCCCUCACCUCCCUUCUCUCCACCUCUAAACCUUUCUCUCUCAUUCCAUUUUAUCUAUCAAAGUUCUUACUUGCACCCAUACCUCCAUCCACCUUCCCCUCCUUCUCUCCCUGAAAUUCUAACUAUGAAUUCUGAGCCUUCUUGGACUGCCACCCCCUCCCCUGGGGGCACCCUGCCUGUCCCCAAUGCUACCACACCGUGGCUAGGUAGGGAUGAAGAGCUAGCCAAGGUGGAGAUCGGUAUCCUAGCUACUGUCCUGGUUCUGGCCACAGGAGGCAACCUGGCUGUACUUCUGACUCUGGGCCGCCAUGGCCACAAGCGCUCCCGCAUGCAUCUGUUCGUGCUGCACUUGGCCCUGACCGACCUGGGCGUGGCGCUUUUCCAGGUACUGCCUCAGCUGCUCUGGGACAUCACCUACCGCUUCCAGGGCUCUGACCUCCUCUGCCGGGCUGUCAAGUAUCUACAGGUGCUCAGCAUGUUUGCUUCCACUUACAUGCUGCUGGCCAUGACACUGGACCGGUACCUGGCUGUCUGUCACCCUCUUCGAAGCCUCCGGCAGCCCAGCCAGUCUACCUACCCUCUCAUUGCUGCUCCCUGGUUGCUGGCUGCCAUCCUCAGCCUCCCUCAAGUUUUCAUUUUUUCAUUGCGAGAGGUGAUCCAGGGCUCAGGGGUGCUGGACUGCUGGGCAGAUUUCUACUUUUCCUGGGGCCCGCGGGCCUACAUCACCUGGACCACCAUGGCUAUCUUUGUGCUGCCGGUGGCGGUGCUCACAGCUUGCUACGGCCUCAUCUGCCACGAGAUCUACAAGAACCUGAAAGUCAAGACCCAGGCUGGCAGGGAGGAGAGGAGGGGCUGGCGGACUUGGGAUAAGUCCUCAUCUUCUGCAGCCACGAGGGGGCUACCUUCCCGGGUCAGCAGCAUCAGUACCAUCUCCAGGGCAAAGAUCCGAACCGUGAAGAUGACCUUUGUCAUCGUGCUGGCCUACAUUGCUUGCUGGGCACCUUUCUUCAGUGUCCAGAUGUGGUCUGUGUGGGAUGAGAAUGCCCCCAAUGAAGAUUCUACCAAUGUGGCUUUCACCAUCUCCAUGCUUCUGGGCAACCUCAGCAGCUGCUGCAACCCCUGGAUCUACAUGGGCUUCAACAGUCGCCUGUUGCCACGUUCCUUGAGCCACCAUGCCUGCUGCACGGGCUCUAAGCCCCAAGUGCACAGGCAACUCUCCACCAGCAGCCUCACUAGCCGUCGCACUACGCUGCUGACCCAUGCCUGUGGUUCCCCUACUCUCCGACUCAGCCUUAACCUCAGCCUCCGUGCAAAGCCCAGACCUGCAGGCUCACUGAAGGAUUUAGAGCAGGUGGACGGGGAAGCCACUAUGGAGACCAGCAUCUUUUAGAGAAGAUUCCCUGGACUCUGGUUCUGCACAUCUCAGGCACCCGGAAUGUGGACUAGCCGGCUCAGGGAUGGUAGGAAGUGGAGCUUAGUUUGAGGCAGGGUGAAGAGGCCAGAAUGGCUGCCAUUACUCUAGUUGUCAAGGCAGUGCCUAGUGUAGGUAUGGGCCACUCUCUCUCAAUUUUAGAUUGUUGGAAAUCAGAGCACUCAAUCCCCCAUUCUUGCCACAUUCCUGGAGUACCUAUAAAUAUACCCAACUGGGAGAUAUAGUGUUCUAGAUCUGGGACAGCCUAGAUGGCACUGCCAAUGCAGAGGCUCAUCUCACUACUUGGUUAACCGUCCUGAUUCUAACCUGACUGGCACAUCGCAGUGGAACAGGGAGAGGAGAGAAUAGAUUAUUAGAAAGGGGGAUGUGUAUGUGGGACUUCCAUCCAUGCCAACCUGUCUAUAGAAAUGAAGUGGUCUGAUGGUGAUGUAGAACCUGAUACCUAGGAGGGCUGUAGUAAAUGCUGUCUCUCCUCAUCAGCCUCACCACAGGACAGGUUGUCUGGCAAUACACUGUUCAUUCUCAGUUGUGUGGUUCACUGCAGUUGAGAUAGGGAGAAAGGGGAGAGAGAAGAAGGAAUAAAAAUGGUUACAGUAAAGACCAGGAAUAGGAGUAAGUCUGAAAGGCACAGGGCCAGCGUUUUCUCUCCCCCUCCUCCUGUGGACCCAGACUUCCUGUGGGGCAGUGUGGAACAGACUUCCUUUUUGAAAAAAAAAAAAAAAAAAGACAAGAUGGUCAUGGCUCUAGAAAUCCUUAAAGUUCUAGGAAAAGUUGGAAUCGAAGUUUUAAAUCUUUGUUCUGCCCUGGGAAGCCACCUCCACUUUCUGGGCCUCAGCCUCACCUGUAGUGAGAUGGUCUUUAAGGUCUUUCUUUGCUCUGGCCUUCUAUGGAUUUGCAAGACUGGAAUUGAGUAAUAACCCCAAAACACCAAGGGUGUUCUAACCAACGGGCUCUUAGAACUUUUCCAUUUCCAUGACAAUUUCAUAUACACCCAGCCUCAGUUCUGGUAGGUCCUGUCACUGCCUUGGUAGCAGAAGUCACAAGACAGAGAGAGAAGGGGUGACCGCCUCCUGCCUCGCACCUUUAGCACUGCCCCUCCCCCAUGACUGCUGCUCUCCUGUCCUCUGGUACUCAAGGGUUGGGUGUACUCUGACUUGAGUCCUCCUUCAAGGUAGGAAGAGACAUCGAGGAAAGGUAAAAGCUAGGGCCUUGCCCACUUCUUCCUAUUAUCUCCAGGGGAACUCAAAUCUUAGGGGAACUUCUCCACCUCAGUUCUGGUUCCAAGGGACAGCCAAAAUUAUACAAACAGCACCAGCUAGCAGCAGAUCAGGGGGGCUGGGUCCUGACUCUGCCCUAGCUGUGACCACAGUCAGUAAAACCCUGAGCCCGCUGUCUCAGUUAUGAGUCAAAGUGGGUAUCAACGUGGUUUGCAAUCCCUGCAGAUCUACAAGCUUCAGAGCAAAAGUCUCAGGAACAGGCUAGCUCUGCCCAUUCCCAGGGACACUUUAAAGAGUGGCUACAGCUUUGCAAAGGUACUUCUUGGGUGCCUAUUUUUUUGUCAACUCGACACAGACAUGGAGGAGGUAACAUCAGUUGAGGAACUGACUCCAUCAGACUGGUCUGUGGGGAUUUUCUUGAUUGGUGAUUGAUGUGGGAGGGCCCAGCCCACUGUGGGCAGUGCCACCCUUGGAAAAGUGGUCAUAGGUUGUAGAAAAAAAGAGAGCUGACAUGAAAAUGUACAUACAAGUAACACCAUACAGAGUGAGCGGUUUGUUAUCAGGAAUACACAUACACAUACAUGUAUGCAGCAACGGUUAAUGCAAAAAGGCAAUGGCUUUGAAAAGGAGAAGGUAGGGGCGUAUAGAAGAGUGUGGAGGGAGGAAAGGGAAAGGGAGAAACGAUGUGAUUACACUAUAACCUCAAAAAUACAUUAUUUUAAAAAUUAGAAAGAAGGGAAGGGGGGCUGGAGAGAUGGCUCAGUGGUUAAGAGCAUUGACUGCUCUUCCAGAGGUCCUGAGUUCAAAUCCCAGCAACCACAUGGUGGCUCACAACCAUCUGUAAUUGGAUCUGAUGCCCUCUUCUGGUGUCUGAAGACAGCUACAGUGUACUUCUAUAUAAUAAAUAUAAUAAAUAAAUCUAGAAAGAAAAGAAAAGGAAAGAAAGAAAGAAAGAAAGAAAGAAAGAAAGAAAGAAAGAAAGAAAGAAAGCAGACUGAUCAAGCUAGGGAGAGCAAGCCAGUAAGCAGCACUCCUUCCCUGACUCUGCUUCAGUUCCUGCCUGGAGUUCCUGUCCCGACUUCCCUCAGUGAUGGAGCGUGACCUGGGAAUUAUAAGAUGAAAUAAAUAAACACUUCCCUCCCUUUGUU